AUUUGGCCGGGCUAAAAGAGCGACAUCGGACUGGGGGUAUCUGCGCUCGGUGAUGCUCGGGUCAAAAUAAAAGAAGAACAAAAAGAAAGAAAAAGAAGAAGGAGGACUGGUGCGCUCCGGACGGACUCUGCAGAAGCGCCCUGACAGGACGGACAGACGGACAGAAGUUGCGUGUGUCUGCACAGUGUCGUCUCCUCUGGACUAAACAUCACUGACAUCCUCACACGCGCACUCUGAUGGACUGCACCACGAUGCCAUGAUAGGGGCGGAAUCUCAUGCGCACUUUGUAAAAAAUCUUCCCAGGCUCAGUGAUGCGCUGUAGCAGUGAGGGGGUCCUACACAUGGAUGAACUGAGGGAGGAGAGAGCACUGUGAGGCUGUCAUGUAAGCCGUCUCCUCUGGGGCCACCUCUUGGUGUGAGCGGCUUCCUGCCUCAGGUAGAAGCCUCAGUGUUUCUACUGCUGAGGCGUCAGGCUGCAUACUCUCUUCUCCCUCCUGCUGAGAAGGCAACUCCACUCAACAGCUCCAAUCCUAAAGGCACUGCAAUGGAGAAGAGCUGCUCCGAGUGUUCAGAGCCAACACUCGCUCAGAGCCUGUGUACUCUGUGCAACAAGUGGCUUUGUUACCAGUGCACAGAUGUGCAUCAGCAUCAGAGAGCUUCCACAGCUUCCCAGUACACAGACGUACAUCAGCCGAGGCCCAGUUCCAACCAGUGUGCAGACCUGCACCAGAGAGGAUCCAGUUCUCUGCCUCCGACUGGUCAAGGCCCGGGGUUGUAUCCUUGCCCCCUCCUCAUGUGCCAUUCUCACAGACAGGAGCCCUUGGAGCUGUUUUGUGAGUCAUGUGACCUUCUGUGCUGUAGCAGCUGUCACCUGUCCUCCCACAAAAACCACAGGGUGGUGCAGAUUGGGAAGGCCCUUCAGGAUCAGCAGUGGUUGUUUGAGAGCCUGAUGGUGCAGGUAGAGGAGAGGAGGUCUGCAGUGGAAAACAAUGCCAAACAGAUAGAGGACAGACUUCAUGGAGUAAAGAUCGCACACAGGAAGGCAGAGAACCAGAUUAAAAUGGCAAAGAUGAUUAUGAUGAAUGAGCUUAACAAACGAGCCAACCUAUUAAUAGAGCAACUGGAGAAAAUCUCAGAGGACUGCCAGCAGCGUCUGGAGGACCAGCUGCAAGGGGCAAUAGAGAUUUGUGGCCAGCUGGAUCAUGUGCAGAAGUUCACCACCUGGGCUACAACCCACCAUUGCAGAGGCCCGGUGCUCUUCAGCAGGGCGCUGAUUUCACUUCAGAUGCAGCAGCUGCUUGAACCAUCACUCCACUUGGAUUCUUGGAGUCCAGUCAAGAUUAAAUUCAAUUGGGAUGCUAGUUAUUGGACUAAACAGAUUUCCACCUUAGGCCAGCUGACUGUUGAGGGAGGAAACUGCCCCUAUCCCCAGGGUUUGGCCUGUUCCAGUAUCCUGAGGCCUCAGCCCAUCACUUGUUUGGCCGUGCCGUCAGUAUGUCACAGCAGACGAGACCCGGGUUGUGGCUACCAGGCCUGUUGUGAGCCCCAGAUGUGUUGCCUUCAUAGCAUUCCCCCUCAGCAAGACUUGCCCACUCUGGAUAAAAACCAACUGGACGCUACUCUUUACAACUCCAGCCGUGUUCAGUCUGCUCUUAUCUCAGCCUCCCUGCACCAGAACCAGCAGCUCCAGAGGUGCUGGGACCUCGACAGCGCCUCAGUCCUGCAACCGUCUGCACAGUGUCCUCCCCUGUCAUCACCUGUACCGACCACAGAGUCCAUCCAACUUAACUGCACACAUGGAGCUACAUCACAUCCACAAGCUGCCGCCACCCACGUCCAAUCUCAGCUUAAAUCCUAUCUCCAUCAACAACACAAUGAAGCUCUGCCAGACAGUCAGACUCAACCGGACCUGGGCAGACCGGACCAGGACCAGGUGCACGGGCCAUGUCAGGGGAAGCUGUCGACCGGUGCGGUUCUGCAGGUGGAGCUCAGCCACACAGCGGACAGAGACGUGAUGACUGAAGACAACUGGGAGGACAGAUGUAGGCUGGUAGAGACAUGUGGACAUACGACCUUAACUGAAAACAGGGAGCAUGAGGAGCUGCAGCAGGACAGGAGGGAGAAGACUACUGUCCCAAAUCAGCAGCAUUUCCAAAUGUCCCCAGCAGGUGAACUGAGAAAAGAGCAACCGAGGACCCGAGCUUCACUGUCACCCAGAGACCAGAGAGACGGCAGGAGAUCCACUUCCCUGGAGGUGUCUGUGACAGCCCACGAGUGUGGAUCUGACGUACAGAGGAGCCGGCUCAGCCCUAAUUCAGUGAGUGUGAGGAGGAAGAGGCGCUCCCAGAGCAUCCCAGCAGAACUAGCAGCUGCUUCCACCAACCCUUACACUGAAAAGCUCCCAGGAUGCACUCAGAGCCUAGAGGCAGGAGCUGCAGAUAAGCAGUCCACCAUGGACCCCAGGCAGCGGAGGGCUUCAGAUGGAGUUCUUUGUAUUGUCAAGGAGACUUCAGCUGUCUCACACCCCCCCAAAGGCCACCGGUCUCCUUUGCUUACCUAUAAGACAGAACCAGAUCCUUCUUUUAUCUAUGUCAAUGAAGAGAUUGAUUAUGAAGCCAAGGGGAGAUGCAGGGUGUCAAAUGGUUACAGCGUCAGAGAGGUUCAGAAGGAUACAGGAAGACACAGGGUUCCAGUGGUUUGCUUGGAGCGGCUCAAAAUCCUCGUAUCUCAGCUCCCUCCACAUGGACGACGGCAGAGUGACCCAUUACCUGCCAGCGCCAUGGACAAAACUGAAACUUUGCCUCAGCAGAAAACCUGGAAUGAAGCAACACCUGAAGCACUCACUGGGAAAAGCUCUGACACUGUGAGGACCACCCACUCUCCCUCAGUCAAACAACAAAACUGUAAUCAGUCAACCACCAAUUCAAACAAGAACGACUUUAACUAUCGAGGUCAAAUCAGUGCUCGUAAACCAUCCUCAAACUCUAAGUAUGUGCCACAGAGUUAUUCUGGUCUGGACUCUGACUCUGAUCCCAGGUCAGUUUCAGAUGAAGCCUUUGUUUCUCAGACUGACCCACACCUGGACUCAGACACAUCACCAGAGUCUGACCCAAAUGCAGAGUCUUCAUCUGAGGCUGAACUUGAGUGUCUGUCCAAGGAGACAUCAGUCGUUGCUGUAGAGACGGGGCCAUGCAGAGACACCGACACCGCAGGAGAAUCAGAGCCAAGUCUGGAAUAUGAAGCAGACCCAGAAUCAGAUGUAGCAGCAGGAUCAGAAGAUGGCCAAGAGCUUGACGCUGAUGCAGAAUCAGGAGAUGGUGAGACAGAGUCAGACCUCCAGCCUCACUAUGAUCCCAGUUUCCAAGCUGAGACUGACUCAGACAUUGUAUCUGACCAGCCGCCAGACUCUCAGGGCUCUGUGGAGUCUGAGUUUGACAUCGAAUCUGAACCUGAAAUGACGAAUGAUGACCCACAACCGCUUCGCUCUGACCUCGAAGAUGAGUCACACAUUGGUCCUGGUCAGAGGCCUCUUUUGAUUGCAAACCCUGUGGUUCAGAGGGGGAUGGAGGGAGACCACUUAGAGCAGGACAAUGCAGAAAUGGAGAGUGAAGACUUCUGUGCUGUAUGUCUGAUUGGAGGAGACCUGCUGUGCUGUGACCGCUGUCCUAAAGUCUUUCACCUGUCUUGCCAUAUCCCAUCUCUGCUCAGCUUCCCCUCAGGUGACUGGGUGUGCAGCCUGUGCAGAGAUGUUGUGCAGCCAGAGAUGGAAUACAACUGUGAGAAUGAGCGGACGUCUGGGGAUCUCACAUCUGCUCAUGGACUGUCUGCAUGUGACCAGAGAAAAUGUGAGCGUUUGACCCUCCUGAUCCUCAGUAACAUCCUGAGUGCUCCCUUCCAUGAGCCUGUCAGUCCACUUGCUCGUCAUUACUACCAGAUCAUUAAGAGGCCCAUGGACUUGUCUGUGAUAAGGGCCAAACUCAACAAAAGGAAUGUCCGGCAUUAUAUUUCACCAGAUGAGUUUGUUGAUGAUGUUUAUCUUAUGUUCCGUAACUGUGCAAAGUUCAAUUAUCCUGACUCCGAGGUGGCCCAAGCCGGCCGCAGCCUGGAGGCGUUUUUUGACUCAAAGCUGAAAGAGGUUUUUCCAGACAGAGUUUUUCCUGCAGCUGAGGCUGACUCUGACAGCGAUGAGUAUGAUGAGGCUUACAAGACUGCAGAGGGCGGUUUCCCUUGGCCAGAGAAGAGGGAGCAGUGCCACAGGAAGAGGAAGAGGAGACACUCUCUGAAGUCCAGGAGACAUCACUUCUAAGCAGAGGUUAAAGGAUUGCAGCCAUGGACACAUAAGCAUGAAGACACUGUCUCCAUGUUUAAUUACUGAGUGAAUUUUUUUUGUAGAACAGCUGAUCACGUGUUUUCAUUUUGUUAACUCAGAGUAGAUGUGUGGAUUUUUCUGCAGUAAUGUCACAGUGCUGCCAUCUGAUGGUAGCUGAAUGCAAUGACACAACACCUUUAAAAAACAAAGUGGCAUGAGAGUUACAUAUAUAUGAAUAUCCCAACAGAUUUGGACUUACAGACAAUCUGAACAGAUGGGCUGAAAUAAAAUGUAAAUUAUCCCAGAGUUUUGUGUUGCCUCUGCAGCUUCAAGAUAAUUUAUAGUGAGGUGAUGCUGUAUAUUACUGCAUUAUGUUCUGGCAGCUGUUGAUUUACCCUUAUGCACUGGAUGUUACUGCAUUUUACCCUCAGAUGUCCUGUUAUCAUAUACCUGAAGUCAUAUGCUAUAAUGUACUUAAAGGGAUGCUGUAGUGGGAUGUUUAUUAAACCUGCUGUGCAACUUUUCUUUAGGUGGAAUUCUGGAUUUUUUAAAAACUUAACAUAACUAUAUGCAGCACUUUUUUGACAAUUGAUUUUAGUUAGUAAUGUAUUUACCACCUUCAUGAAUAUCCAACAUAUUCAUAUGUGCGGACCUGUAGAGACCUUUAUUUUACUAUAUUUUGUCCCUUUGAUUGUAGUGACUAAAUGAUUGCAGGCAAUUAUUAUAGCUUUAAUGAUUUAAUACAGUGUAAUUCUAUGUCUCAGCAGCUUUUUUUGUAAAGCAGCAGUGAAACUUAUUCAAAGACCAGGGACUGACAGAAUUAUAACCGGGGCACUUACGUGUUUAUUAGAUGAUCAAAUAUCAGUUGCUCCAAAUCAUUUAACUAUUAAAUAGGUUUGCGCAACAUAUGUCACAUCACGUGUUUGCUGCACCAGUGUUUAAGCAAAAUGUUUUACUGUUAUCUAAGUAUCUCAGGCUUUAAAAACUGCAUUAAUUUCACUCUCUACUGAUGAUUAUAGAAAUUGUUACUACUUGGAAAGCCACUCUGUAGAAUGGAAACAUAUCAUUUUAUACUACCUGCUGUUAUUGCGCACUUCCAGUUUUUAAACAUACAUUACCUUGCUUCCUGCAGCUUAGGUUAAAUUUGACAUUAUUUUUAGUGUAAUUGUUGCACAAAUUUGUCUGUGCACUUCUUGGGUAUUGUAACGAGUAGUGAAUAUACAGUGUAUGUAAUGCUACUUCCAUUGCAAUCAAUAUGUAAUGCAGUGUAAUAAUGUUUCUUAUUGUAUGAGGGGAGACUGAUUAACUGUACUAUUGUCACUGUUUCAGGAGAAUAACCUCUUUUGGUUUCUUUUUUACUGUAACAGUCAGCCAUAAAAUAAACAUAUCUUCAUAUCAAUAAAACUGCAUUCAUGAU